CGUGGAAAGCUUUGGCCGCCUUGGAGAGGAGGGUUACGAGUUCAUCGAUGAACUUGCGACACAUGCCGUGGGAGGAAGGGACGGAGGAACGAUGGCUCUGAAAGGAGUCUUCAAGGAACGACUUCUUCUUCAGAUCGUUUCGGUGGCUACACAGGUGGCCAUAUCUCGGCGAGUGCAGGGGUACAAGCUCGCAUUGCGCGGGCGUCAAGACGCCGAAAACAGGCGAACAAGAUCGACCUCGAACCAGUCAACGCCAAUGAUAUGGGGAUGGAGUGUAGACGCAUCGUAGAACGCGUUUUCGUUUGAAGUUGGCGUCUUGUUUGAGGGUAGAUGUGACAGAUUUGCGUAGAAUAGGGUAAGAUGUUAUCAUGAACGGAGAAGAAAGGGCUUGUCCAAUACGGAGAUGUAGCAUGGAUCAAAGCAUUUGUUGAAUUUCAUCUUUUACAAGAGGACAUCAACGCAGUAGUAUUUUAGCAAGCUUUCGAACGCAUGUAGGAUACCAUGAGGAUUGUCACUGGUUAUUUCUGAAAUUGAAGAGGAGAUAUUUUUGCGAUGGAAGUGACAGUAGAAAUACGUCCUACAUAUGUUGUUGUACUUCGUAUUGGUUUAGUAUUCAUGUAGAG